UUGAAGCUUUUCUGAUUUCGUGAUUUCAUGGGCAGAGCUAAGUUUCAGUUGAAGCGGAUUGAGGAAGCGCACAAGCGUAAUGUCUCAUUCUCGAAGCGUCGGUAUGGACUAAUGAAGAAGGCCGGUGAGCUCUCUGUUCUUUGUGAAGCUGAGGUGGCCAUUGUCAUCUUCACCAGACGCGGUCGUCUUUAUCGCUCUGCCUCUGGCGACGAGAUGAACAGGAUUAUAGAACGGUAUCAGACCUUUGUCAACUCAAGUAUCCAGCAAAACAAUGGCCAAUCUAAGAGUAAUGUAGCAGCUCCAUCCGAACAGAUUAAUAUUCAGCAUUUAGUACAAAGAUUUUUCCAUCAACUCGCACUGGAGCAGUUGGAUGUUAGUGCAGCAGUCGAGCUAGAACAAUUGUUGCAUGCUAAACUUGUGCAGACAAGAGCCAGAAAGGCCCAACUUUUGAUGGAAUCAUUGGCAGCUAUCCAUGAGAAGGAAAAGAAGAUGUGGGAAGAAAAGCUGCAAAAUAAUUUAAGGUCCAAACAUCAAGUGAUGUUGGAGAAUGUGGAGAACAGUCAACAAAAUAUGUGAGAUGAUUGGGUUAGUGAUACCAGCAUCUCCAGACAUUAUCUUAAGCUCCUUUCUUUCCCACUUUCCCAAUCCUUAAUUCCAUUACUGAAGGUUUUUUUUACAUGGUGCAAAUAACAACUUGGAUUUUAGACUUUCUUCUCUGCUAUGUGUCAUCUUUUUAUUUUGGUAUUUGUAGUCUUGGGGAGCUUGUACUUCCCCACUUAUAAGGUGUACUAAUCAUAGAGUUAUCUAUUUUAAUGGUGAAUGAAUAAAUGGAAAUUAUUUUCUCA